AUGGCUGUAGGACGACAGCCUCGAGAAUCUCAAAAAAGACACCGUGAACCGGAUCUCUCAUCUUUGGCGCCGAAAGGUGCCAGUGGACCUGCAGUUAUCACUCAGCCACCGGAUCAAUCUACUAGAGUGACACAAAUGAACUCAGCAGUUGUAGAUAGACAAGCAGGUUGGCCUGCUGGAGCUAUAGAAGGGAGCCAACUUGAAGCAAAUAAAGCCCCACAGUGCCUAGAAUUUGCGACAGCAAGACCUCCACCGCCACCGCCCUCAACAUCUACGUUCCAACUCGCAUUAAGAGGUAUUUCGGAAUCAACGAAUUUGCAAAGAUUAGCAUCAAGAGAUCGAGUGCACUUCUCGGCAUCUCCUAACAUAGCUCAAGAGCCAAUUUCUUCCUUAGCCGGGAUAUACACUUCUACGAUAAGAGCAAGACCUAACGUCCAACCCGGUGAAGCAACUGGCUUUGCUCCUACCGCAGCAACUAGUUUUCAAGCUGGCGUGGCAACUGGUUUUAAUCUUGGCGGUAUAGCUGGUCCUCAACCCAACGCCGUCGCGAAUCCUCGAUCGACUACUGCUGAGACUAACUCGUUAGCCCAGUUAUACAACGAGUGGGCUGCUGAUGACUGCCCUGAUCCUAUUAGUGAUGCUUUUGGUAUUCCGGAUGGAGUGGUUGACGAUGAGGCUCCUUGGGAUGCUCACAGAAGAAGCAAUGAUUCUAGACCCCAAACUUUCGCUCAGAAUCCUUUUGCAAGCCAAGCUGCUUGGGAUUUUCCAGCGAUUAGCGAUGUGCCAGGCUCCGUUGGUGCUUCUGAUAGAGGCGUUUCUACUAAGAUUAUCUCUACUGAGAGUGUUUCUCCUGCAAGUGCUUCUACAAGAGGUGUCCCUAUUGUGGGUGAGUCUAGAGAAAUGACUUCACGAAGGCCUGCUUCAACUAGGGGUGCUUCUCGUAAAGAUGGUUCUACCAAAGGAGCUUCAGUUGUAAGAGCUUCUUCCCAAGGUGCUCACAGAAAAGAUGCUUCUUAUAGAGCUUCUGAGAGCCCAUCUUCACAGACACUUGGCAUGGAAGAAAAAGUUUCUGGGUCUAAGCAUGUCCCCAAAGCUCAAGCUGCGUCUAGCGAUGCUGCUCAGGUCAGUACUUUCAGAGCUGAAAAGGCCCUUCAGGUUGAACCUUUAAUCACAACUCCGAUUGUUUCGAGAUGGACUGACAUUUUGUUCUUGUCACAGAGACAUCAGAGUGCCCAAGCACCAGAAGCUGCCAAGCACCGUCCACUACCGUCUUUCACUUUCAGUAAUGACGAAAUCACUCAAAUCAGGGAGUACCGAGCCGACAAUAAGAGUUGGAAGUGGAUCGGAGAGAAGAUGGGCACUUCUCUACGCAGACUUCGCGAAGCAAAAGACAUGGGUCUUUUCGCUGAGGGGGGUAAAUCGCUCUCAGCACCGGACCCCUUUAGUGAUGAACAAAUCUCCCAAAUUAAGCAAUAUCGUGCCGAAGAACAAACUUGGGAAUGGAUCGCGAAAGAGACAGGCACUUCUAUAAAAAGACUUCGCAGAGCAACAGCAGAAGGUAUUUUUGGUGAAGUGCCAGUAUCAUUCUCAGCACAGAAACCCAUUAGUGAUGAGCAAAUCUCCCAAAUUAAGAAAUAUUGUGCCGAGGGCAAGUCCUGGAAGUGGAUAUCUCGCGAAGUAAAUAUCAGCAAGUGGAGGCUGUUGAAGAAAGCAGCCGAGGGGCUGUUUGGUACAGAAGGAAAAGAAAAGCCUGCAGCACAUGGAUCGCUUAUUCGAUUCACAGAAGAUGAAAUAUCUGAGAUCAAAGAGUAUCGUAUCCAAAAAAAGUCGUGGGACUGGAUUGCGAUCAAGAUGGGCUUUAGCACGACAACCCUCACAACUCGAGCUCAGAAGGGGGAGUUCGGUGUACAUGAGGGGCAAAUAUACAGACGAAAUGAAUGA